AUGUAUUGCGCAUACCCUGUCCCUGGAAUGGGCAGUAACUCUUUAAUGUAUUACUACAACGGGAAAUCGGUGUACGCACCGUCACCAAACUCAGAGGACUUCAACAGAGAUUCGCCUUCCUACUCCCCCCCUAAACCCUCCAGCAGUAUGUUUGCAAGCACUUUCUUUGAUGGUACCCAAAGUUCGUCCGACCCCUGGAAUUCGUCCAGUGGGAUCAGUCAGCCGGGGUAUGGUGGAAUGCUCGCAGGAUCUUCAUCUCACAUGCCACAGUCAGGGAGCUACAGCAGCCUGCACUCACACGACCGUUUGAACUAUCCUGCACACUCGGUCUCUCCUGACAUCAAUGCCAGUCUUCCCCCCAUGUCCAGCUUCCACCGGAGCAACACCAGCACUUCACCAUUUGUCACCGCAGCACACACCCCGUCCGUCAACUCAACUGAUGGGGUUAUGGCGGCUGCAAAUCGGGGAACGACUGCCGGAGGCUCGCAGACCGGAGAUGCACUGGGCAAGGCUUUAGCUUCAAUUUACUCACCUGACCACACUAGCAGUAGUUUUCCAUCCAAUCCUUCGACACCCGGGGGCUCUCCUUCACCUCUGACGGCCACAGCAGGCGCUGCCUCUGCCGGCACCGUGGUGACUGCUGCUGGCGCCCCAUCCGGAAGGCCAGGUACCAACCAGUGGCCCCGUACAAGUGGACAGGCCCCCUCUUCUCCAAAUUAUGAGAACUCCCUUCACUCACUGAAAAACAGAGUUCAUCAGCAGUUACAUGAGCAUCUCCAGGAUGCCAUGUCUUUCUUAAAGGAUGUCUGCGAGUCUCGUAUGGAGGAUCGUUUGGACAGGCUGGAUGAUGCAAUCCUUGUUCUGAGGAACCAUGCAGUGGGCUCCACCACCAGUCUGCCCAGUGACAUACACAGUCUGCUGGGACAGGCACAAAAUGGGCCAAUAACAGCCAUUGGACCAAACUUCCCUGCCUCUGCACUGGUCCCGGGUCGGACCGCAGCAAUGCAGGGUGGUGAUGACGCUGCCAGCCUGAACAACAGCCACGGAGGCCUGCCCAGCGCCGGCUCUACGUCCAGCUCAGAACUCAGCCACCAAGUGGAGGCAUUCAGAGCAGGUCUCACCUCAGGGCUGCCUGGACAGGUGCCUUCCACCCUGGAGCUAAAGGUUGAGAAACAGGAAAAGGAUGACAUGCACGACAGUCUCUCCACUGAUGCCAAGUCCGACGAUGAAAGCGACAGAAGAGAUAUGAAGACACCCAGAACAGGCGCACGCACAAGCAGUAUCACUGAAGAUGAGGACCUGAAUCCAGAACAGAAAGCCGAACGCGAGCGCGAGAGGAGGAUGGCCAACAACGCCCGAGAGCGCCUGAGAGUGCGAGACAUCAACGAGGCCUUCAAGGAGCUGGGCCGUAUGUGCCAGCUGCACCUGAAAAGCGAGAAGCCCCAGACAAAACUGCUCAUCCUCCAUCAGGCUGUGGCCGUCAUUCUCAGCUUGGAGCAGCAAGUCAGAGAGCGGAAUUUGAACCCCAAAGCAGCCUGCCUUAAGAGACGGGAAGAGGAGAAAGUGUCUGGGGGCUCCAGUGACACCCAACAAGCUCACACAGGAGUCCAUCCAGGCCUAACUGACACGUCCAACCCCAUGGGCCACCUCUAA